AUGAUCCAGGCGCCGCUCGUGGACGACGCGGCGACGCGCCGCCGGAGCAGCGGUGCGCGCUACGAGUCGCCGCUCCCCCUCGCGGGCCUCGUGGCGUUGACGUUCUUCAGCGUCACCGGCGGCCCUUUUGGCCAGGAGCUCCUCGUCAAGGCCGGCGGCCCGCUCGUCGCGCUGGGCUCCUUCGCGCUCAUGACGCUCCUCUGGAGCGUGCCCGAGGCGCUCAUGACGGCGGAGCUGUCCUCCGCCUUCCCGGAGGCCGCGGGCUUCGCGGCGUGGAGCAACGCGGCGUACGGCCCGCUCGUGGCCUGGGUCGACGCCUGGUGCUCCUGGGUCUCGGGCGUCGUCGACAACGCCGUUUAUCCCGUCUUGGUGCUGGAGUACGCGUCCCGGGCGACGGACGCGUUCGACGACCCGCUGCCGCGCGCGCUCUUUGUCGUGGGGUUCGUCGCGGGGUUGACGUACCUCUGCCACCGGGGCCUGGACCUGACGGGCCGCUCGGCCGUCGCGCUGACGGCCUUCGUGCUGGCGCCCUUCGGCGUGCUCGUCGUCGUCGCGAUCCCGACGCUGCGGCCGGCGCGGUGGCUCGCGCGGCCCGCGGCCUGGCGCGACGUCCGCUUGCGGUCGCUCGUGAACAACCUGUUCUGGAACGUCAACUACUACGACUCGGCGUCGGCCUGGGCCGGCGACACGCGCCGCGAGACCUGGGGCGUGGCCAUGGCGUCGUCCGUCGCGCUCUGCGCCGCGUCGUCGCUGCUGCCCAUGCUCGCGGCGACGGGGGGGUCGUCGCUGGACCGGCGCGACUACCGCAACGGGUCCUACGUGACGAUCGCGACGGACCUCGCGGGCCCCUGGCUCGGCCUGUGGAUCGUGCUCUCGGCGGCCGCGGCGAACGUGGGCAUGUUCGUCUCCGAGAUGUCGUCGGACGCGUACCAGCUCACGGGCAUGGCCGAGCGCGGGCUGCUGCCCGCGGCGCUCGCGAAAAAGAGCGAUACCGCGGGCACGCCGACGCUGGCGAUCCUGCUCAGCGCCGGGGGCGUCCUCGCGCUGUCGCGCCUGUCCUUCGAGGCCAUCGUCGCGACGGAGAAUUUGUUGUACGUCGUGUCCAUGGUCAUCGAGCUCUCGGCGUUCUACCGGCUGCGGAAGACGCGCAAGGACCUCGACCGGCGCUACGUGGCGCCGCUGAGCGACGGCGCGCUCCUCGCGACGCUCGCGCCCGCGGUGCUGUGCCUGGCCCUCGUCGCGGCGGUGCAGCCCCUCGAGGUCUGGCUCCUGUCCGCGGGGCUGCUCGUCGCCGGCCUCGCGCUCUACGGCGCCAUCGGCGCGACGCGGCGGGGGAACCGGCUCUGCGCCUACCACGUGCUCCACGCGGACUGGGCCGCGCCGCCGGGCGGCCUCGCCGCGCGGCUCGGCUGGGCGGACCGCCUCGACGACGACCCGGCCGCGCUGCCGGAGUACGACGCGGCGCCGCCCGAGCUCUCCACGGGCGACGAGGCCGCGUCGCCCCUGACGUCGUAA